AGGUCUACUACGUUAGUACCGCCGCGUCUGUCGUAUCGCACGCACGGAUGGCGCGCAUCACAUCGCGCGUGCGCUUUACGAUUUUUUUAAAACAUUUAAAUGAAUACAAAUAUUUAUUACAAAUUAUACAAUAAAUAAAAAAGCGUAUGUUCCGUGCGAAAUACUAAGUCAAUUAUACAUCUAUGAGUUAAGUGGCGACGAGAAAAAUCUAAAUCAAAACAUAUCACUAAAAAUUAAGUAGAAAAAAUAUCGGUUAAAAAUUAAGAAGAAAGUGUAAUGUGAAAUACAUAUCAGAUGAAAGAAGAAAAGGAUAUUUGCGAUGAUAACGAAAGAAAAACGACGGGGGAUGAAAAAGAGGCCGAGAAACCAUUUCAAAUACAAAAACAAAGAGAGAUAGAAACACAUAGAAGUGUAUCAGGAUAUCUAAAAACAAAAAUAUCAAAUUUUGAAAAGAUCUCACUUAAUUUGAAAAGAAGAUACGCUCGUUCUUCGAAAGGAUCGUAUCACACAUUUCGGCCAUUUGCAAAAUUUGCAAAAGUGGGUGGUAGUUUUCGUUUUUCGUCGUCGAUGUCUCGCGGGUGUCUCUCUUCGAGUGGAAUAUGGCCGGUGGUGGGAGUGGUGGCACUCCUGGCUGCCUGGGUGGGGGGGAGUGAGUUCCCCGAGAGAGAAUGCUGCGACCCCGUGUACCCCCCGAACACGGCGACAACGGCUGCCGCGCCGAUAACACCUCCGAUACCGAAGCUAGCAGGUACUUGGCAUCAGCUUCAUGGCACGAUAGAGGAUAGAAAAACGCAUAGAGGUCCCGGUAUAAAGGGUACGAUGGCGAUCCUGAACUGUCUCCUCGCGAGGCAGCUCUGCUUCGAAGACGCAUCCUGUUCCGCCAUCUUGGAAAUCAUACCGCGUGUCUGUGGAUCUGAACUUGUGGCUUGCUCAACGGUGACCGUGACGAAGUGCCAGGCUGCUCUGAGGACCCUGCAGGCGUUCCCGUUCUUCAAGCCGACUUGCCUCUGUCGAGAACCGAACGUGGACCCUGAGUGUAACUCCUUCCGCGACUUCUUGUUUGACCACCCCUGCGUUUUCGUCAUGAAGAAGGAAAAAGACCCGUACCCAGUGGAGACCCUGCCGACCUGCACCUACGCCCUCAGCGUUUGCCACAACGAGAAGGCCUGCUCCGUCCUCUUCGAUAGAUUCAAGAACGCCUGCAAAGCUCGUGAUGGAGAAUGCCGUAUGGAAGACAGGGAGGCCUGUCGCGAAGCCUGGGCUGGUCUGCGCCUCUCUCCUCUCUUCGGCUGCAUCUGUCCCAACACACAUAUGAAGAAACGUUGCGACCGCAUAUUUGCCGUGGUAAACCACAACCCAUGCGUCGUAAAGCUGAUGUCGGACGGAAGGAUCGCGAAUCGGAACGGAACCGGUGUGUCUUCGUGGAUCGGCGGUAUGUCAAUAACACAUGAUGGGAACCUGAUCGCCCCGGACAAAAUUAUGACGCACAUCCACCGUUAUGCAAGCCCUCACUACAACCCCCAUGGGCAUCAUUACCAUCGUUGGAACCAUGAGCCGGGGGGGAGCGAGGAUCCCCUGUACGCGACCAAGACCGUCUACGGGCCUGGAUACAUUGAUGAAAACCAGAGGAUUGGCAAAGAAAACGGUAAAUCAGGUGAUGAGAAGGUGGCCCUGCAGUCUACUUGCCACGUAGCCCUGGAUGCCUGCAUCAAGGACAGCGAAUGCGUGACAUCACUAACCCCGGUGCUGCAGAAGUGUCACACUUCUGAUUGUGAUCGAGAAGGGUGCAUGGCGGCUUUGAGGGGGUUCUAUAGGAAGUCUGGUGUUCACUGGAAUACGGAGAUCGCUUUUUGUCUUUGCAAGAAAACUGACAACCGUGAGGACUCGUGCAUGAACGCUCAAGAGCGGCUCCAUCCAUCGUGCGCCCAGCGACCAGCCGUGGGCUCCCCUCUACCUGCCUGCCAUACCCUGGCCCAUGCCUGCAGGGAAGAACCGGAGUGCAGGAUCCGCCUCGAAAACUACGAGCAAUGGUGUGCAGUAGACGCCGUGACCCAAGGCUGUGCUGGUUCCCCGGCAGCCUGCCGAGCUGCCGUGGUAGCUGUGCUUGGUACCCAGCUGAGAGCGGCCUGUGCUUGCAGAGGCACUGACUUCGCUCAGCUGUAUGACUGUCUUGGAUGGCAGCGGCUGUUGUGGCUCAAUCCUUGCGUUGUGGAAUCCCAAAGCGACUACCACAUGAAGACCUACGGGCCGCUGCUGACCACCACACCCUUCGACAACGGCAUCAGAUACAUCACAGUGGCUCCAGAGUCUCCGAUCUACCACAAAACUACCACCCAUCAUCAUAGACAUACUACGCAACAUGGGACCUCUAAUGUUGAUGCUAUUCAAGAAACCCGCGAAGAGCUGAGCCCAAUCACAACCAUGUCAGAACAGACAGUAGGCCCGAACGAAGUCGCGCAGAUUUCCGAACCCGUCAUAGAAACUACGACAGAAACUACGACAGCGGCUACGACGACCACUACAACUACUACGACUACUACAACGACUACGACGACUACGCCGAGGCCUACUACGACCUUGGAGCCGGCGAAGUACUGCAUUGUGAAGAAACCAGAGAGUGAUGAUCAGGCGCAGUAUAUCAAGAUGGGAGAGACGCGACGACUCUACCGUUCAGCAGAACUAGCUGAAUGCACAGACCUCUGUGUCUGCGAGGCAACCUUACAGGUCUCAUGCAAGGUCGCCUGCGUACCCAGGGCUCCUUGCUCCUCUCGACUGGCCCACUACUCUCAUGCUGCACCAGCCUACCAGGCUUAUAGAGGACGAUGCUACUGCUACUCAGGGUCCUUUAUAUGCAUGAGGCCUAACCCAGGUGAAUACAAGCUACCAGAAGGAGUGUACCUACUCCUGGGCUUUAGCGCAGUGGACGAGGCUCUGCUGAGACCACACACCGGCUUAGGAGCUGAGGAUGCUGUGCGUCUGCUGCAACAGUAUUUGUAUACUGUGCAUAGCGAGGGGACAAACUGCACGCUGACUCUCUUCAACAUCAGCAACGAGAAUGUGAUCAUCUCAGCGAGUGUGCCGCCGAGAGAACAGGAGGCGCUCAGGGAGGCUGGAGACGCUCUACUUGAUAGGGAGAAGGAGGAAUGCAUUGACGUUCUCAAAAUCGUCAAGUCCCGCAUCAACUCGCAGCACGAGGACAUCUCGUCGCACCUUCUGCUCUCCAUCUUUAAGAUCGCUGAAGUGGAUGUCGUGUACCCCACCCCUCCCAGCUCCGCCAUCACCUCCCAUAGGCCAGUCAAACUCUUUUAUAUAACCAUUAUCCUUAUCACUAUCCUCUAUAACUUCAAUCCUACAGUCUCCAUCAUCAGCUCUGUCCUCAUCUUCAAGGGCUUCGUCAAUUGUUUGUCGAAUUUAUUGACUAGUACUCUAAGUAUCAAGGGGCAUACUCACCCUUCAAUGUUAGACAUCGUUCCUUUCGAGAGAUAUUUUUUAAAAGAAAAUAUCAAUUUUGUAUCUAUUUUGAAAUGUUACGAUGAAUUUAUUGAUAAUAGUAAUGUAGAUGUUGUAAAUUACAUUGAAAAUCAUCACGAUGCACUUGCUUUAGGUAACGCACAAAAGAAACAUAUCACAGAUGACAUAGAUUUAAGUAAAAUAUAUGUAAAUAAUUAUAAGGAAAUGAUACAUAUCAUAAAAGCUGUGAGUAUUACAAUAUUUAAUAAUUUAAAUGAACUUGUUGCUGAUGCAAUUAUACUUAAAUAUUUUUCUAGAGAUGUGUAUUACGAAAUUGGAUGUACUUAUUACGAUUCGAUGAAGCUUUUUGGUGAAUUCAUUUUUGGAAAUAUCGCGUCCUCUUCUUAUGGGAUUGUAAAAUCCGUUAGCUUAGGACUGACUCUAGAAGUAGUAUGAAGACUGACAUGAUUAACUAAACAUAUCAUAGAUGUAUUUCGUUUUAUUUUCGACUUAGAACUGGUGCUUGUAGGUCGAUCUUAAAGGCUGGGUUUUGUAAAUAAGUGUAUUACGCCUUUUACACUGUUAGUGGUUCUGUUGGUAUCUCUGGUAGCGUAGUUCGUUUCUUGCUGCAGACGUUGAUAUUCUUAUCCACUUUCUGUAUAUUUUCUUCAUAAUCAUUCUCUUGCCCUUACUUCUUCUUCCAUACUUUCAUACAUACUGUCAUCACUAUUUCUUGUUGUUGUAUUUCUUGUCAGCUUAAACUUGAAUACAUCAGUAAUAUUCUCGCUUUCUUGACAAUUACCUACAGUUUU